GGCACCCCUGGUCCUGAUGCAAACCCGAGCUGCGUAACGGCGUCAGUGGAUUUAUUUUCUUUUAGUUUACAAAUUUUCAACUGCCAUAAUAUUUUGCUAAAAACUAGAUUCAUUCAAAUGUCGAUAAAGAAUGGCACCUCGUAAGCGCAAAGUGAAGGUGGUGGCACCAUCGAAUUCGCCGGAAAAAGCGAAAUUCAGCAUCGUUGUAAUUCAAACCAUACUCAACGGACAGGAAAGCGAAACAAGCCAUGCCAAGCUGAUUAAGGAGCUGAAGGGCAUAUAUCCGACGAUCACCCAUGAGUCGUUUAUGAAAUCUUUCAUUCAAUCGCUCAAAGGCUCGAUGCAGCACGAAGAAGCGAAUGAGUAUGCCAACAGGCGGCUGAAGCUUUGCGCAAAGUUCGCUGCCGAUCCGGACUACUGUGAGCAGCCGGAAACCCAUCCCAUAAUAGUUUCGGUUUUUGAUUGGUUACUUGGCACUAUCAGCCCGGCAGCUAUCGUCCGCUUCCGGAUAUGCCAGUUCGUCAACCUGGUGCUGAAUGCCAUGGGGCCGGAGGCAUCCCUGGAUGACGAUAUUUGCGAUAAAAUUCUGCGCUACAUGCUGGAACGGAUGCGCGAUGUGGCACCGAAUGUGCGUGUUCAAGCUGUGCUCGCACUGCAACGGUUGCAGAACCCCGAUGACCCCGAUGAUUCUGUCUUUCGGGCUUAUAUUUUCCACCUGGAAACGGAUCCUUCGUCUAAGGUGAGACAAACCAUUAUCACCUCGCUGGGACGCAAUUAUCGAACGAUUCCAUACAUCAUCGAACGGUUGUGGGACGUGGAGGGGGGCGUUCGUCGCCAUACGUAUCUGCAGAUGAGCAGCUACCCGGUGAAGCAGUACAAAGUCGCGCAUCGUUUGACAUUCUUGGAACAGGGAUUGAACGAUCACUCGGAGGCUGUUCGAAAGGUUGUACGAAAUGUGCUGAUCCCACAGUGGUUCGAGUCUUAUCAGAAGAAUUAUGUGGCGUUCGUGAAGGCGCUGAAGAUUGACGCCGACGAGAAGGAGCUGGAGCGGUUUCGGAAGACGGCCAAGUUGGCGCUGUUCGAGAUAUUUUCAAAGUACGGAAUCGUUGACGCAAUGAGUGUUUUGGGGAUGAAAGAGGAUGACAAAACUGUUCCGAUCGAGAAUUUGACUAUUGAAACCGCCAUUUGCUGGCAAGCGCUGCUAGAUUUUCUGCACAAAACCGAGUCGGAUGAGUUGGAGAAUUUGUCGGUGGAUUUGACCACUUUUUGCAAUUAUAUCAAAAUAUUCGCAAACAACCCCACAUCGUGCAACUACAUCCGAAUGCUGGCGGACGACCCGUCGAUGAUCACCGAAAAACUACAGAAAAUGUACUUCCAAUCGAUGUUCCAAAUUUUGCUCGAAAUGGUGGACUCGUACGAUUUCUGCGAUGAAUUUGGUCGCGAGUAUCUGAAGCAGGUUCUGGCGGAAGUACUCUGCUGCUGCGAUCUGGACGAGGAGAACGUUAAAAUAAUUCUCUCGAUCUUUGAACGGUUGAUAGUGGAUGUGGAAACUCGAUUCAAGUUUCUGGUUGAUCUGAUCAACGAUGUGCUGGAACCGGCUCGGGUAGAUGUUUCCAACUCAGCUCGUUCGAUGGUCGAUGAAUAUCUGGAAAAGAAUCCGGAUAAAAAUCUGCAAAUGAAAAUAUCGUCUCUCAGAUUGACAAUUAUGGAUUUGAAGGAACAGGAGAUGGAUAAGGUUAACAAGAAAGAUUACGCUGGAGCGCAGCGUGUUUCUGAGGAGUUGAACGCCGCUAAUGAUGAGUAUGCUGCUCUGCUGAAACCUAUCCUGAUGGAGGUUUCAUCGGCAAGCGAUGGGAGCACAAUAUUUCGGGACUCUAUGCUGAAACCGAAGAAGAUCACCAACUCCACCAUUAAUAAAUGCUUGCAGAUUGCUUUUUAUAUGGUGAACUGUUCCACUGUUCGAACGUUAACACCCUUCGUGUGCGAAUUGUACAAAAGUUUUAUCAGUAGAUACGUGGAGUCGGCUGAAAUUGCCACCAGAGACUGGGCUUUGAGAUGUUCCAUCACAUUCAGCAUGCUGUACGAUGGGUUAUCCAAGGAAACCUUCCAGCUUUUGUAUCAGCAGUUUUUCCGCAAUCAUUGCACUCGAAUAUGGCAGACCUCAAUCGAGGGUAUCUUCGAGCUGUUGGAUCGUUAUGGAUUCGAACAUUUUGAUGUGGAGGCGAAAAAGGACGGAAACAGAAAGAAUGUCCGCCAGUUGUACAACACAAUGGACUAUCUUGAGCAGGAGGACGAUGCGAACACCUCGAACACUGGCACCGGUGUGGAUUUGAUGCGCAUGAUGACACACUUUUUCGAAACCUGCGAGGAUAAUGUAAUCUGCUCGGCCAUUGUGGACGGGUUUUGUCGCCUAAUUCUCCACGGUCACUGUACAUCUCAGGACAUCAUGUCGAAGUUGCUGUUGAAAUACUUCAAUCCAACGACAGAGUCAAAAACUCAGCAGAUAUUGGGUAUCUUCUUCGAGCGUCUCAUUGUGAAAAAGCGACAAGAAAUUCUGCAGAAGGCGCUGCUCACCACUUUGUUCACUAUUAUGGAAGCCCCAAGCGACAGUCCGCUUCAAGAAGUCAAACCGGAACACGUGUUGAAGUUUGUGGUUGAUUCGACAAAACCUGUUUUCUGCAGCCCGGGGCUUAAUCCACACAACACGAUUGCGAUGUCGUUCCUACAAGUUAUUCUCGAUAAUCUCAACUACAAGGAUCUGCUCAAGCUGCUCACGAAAGAGCUGCUUUCGUUGGAAAUAUCCGAUGACGCCGUGUUGAAAAACGAUCUCAAAGUUUGCAUUGAAAGUGUUCUGCAAGAGCAGUCUCUCGAUCCAAAAAUCAUCAAGAAUCUCAAUGAUUUUCAAGAAAUGCUGCAAGGAACGUAUCGCGAACCGAUCUCGUUCUCGUCCUCUCGUGCUCCUCCAGCCGGCGAAACUCAGGAAAGCGGCGCCCUCUCCGAAAUAGAGGAAACUCCCGAGGAGACUGAUGAGAACGCAGAAAUCCCUUCGAAAGAUAAAGAGGUACCACAAAUCAACAAAUCGUCCCUUCAAAAAGACGACACCCUGUUGAGUCAAUCAUCCCCAGCCAAGUCGGCGGCACCUGCGCCUACGGAAACACCUCAAGCUCCGAAAACACCCACCACUUUUGGAGCAGAUAACAUAUCUGGCAUGGUAUCGCUGCGUAAAUCUAUGAGCGUCGUUGGAGCCGCCACAGCUCAGAGCGAAAAAACAGUUGCUAGAGAAAUAUUUAAAGUUCCGGAUGCAACCGCUGCGAAAAAGCUACGCCAACAACAACCGAAAGCAUCGGAUAAAAACAAUCACUCGGAUACUGUGGUCUCGGAUACAGAAUCAGGGGAUGAACAGAAAAAAUCCGACGAACAUUCGUUCGCGAUUCCUUCCACCCAAGAUAUGACCGGAGUGUCCAGCAUCGACGGAGAUCAGUCGUUGUUGCAUUUGGAAAUUCCCGAAACGCAGGUGCCAGCAGAACAACAGGAACAUCUAUCAACUUCGACCCUGAAAACUCCGACGAAACGAAAAAUUAUUGAUGAUAGCAGCAGUGAGGAAGCCAUUUCCGCCUCAUCCGAUGAGUCCUCCCUAGGUCGAAGAAGAAACGAGAAAAAGAACGAAGAGGAAGCAGUUGAUGCGUCACCGAAUGCUACGAUUGCUCGUCUUGACCGCUCAGUACUCCGACCUCUGGUCAAGGCUUCCGCAAAGUCCAUAGCUCAGUCGAAGGGGCUAACGCCGCAAACGUUACCACGGACACGGCAUGCUGCACGGGUACAGGUUAACAGCUCUAAAGUGUCCACACGUAAAUCUUUAUCGAACGCUGCUGACAAACCGGGCUCCUCGCGAUCUAGUCUCAUUGGAAUCGAACCGCUGAAGAAGACACCACCCAAAACAUUAAAGGUUGGAGCCGAUGGUAAAAAAGUUGACAGCAAGCCGAAAGCAUCGAAUUCAAAAAUAACCGAGACAGAUACAUCCGACAAGGGGAAACGAAAGUCAAAGGAACCGACAAAUAAAGAAAUCGAUGGCUUGGGAGCGAAGGGUGAUUCGGAGAAAACUACUUCUUUCAUGCGAACCAGAAGGAGUAAGCCGGAUAAGAACGAGUCUCAAAUGGAACUACCCAAAAAAGGCUCUGGAAAACAGUCUGCCAAUAAAGUGCCAAAAUCCAAUGAAAAUUCUGCCAAACCUCCAGCGCCAACACGAAGUGCAAGAAGAACUCUUGAUAAAGCUAACGAACCUGCGCAGACUGACAAAAAAUCGACCCCAACUAACAACACACGUGCAACUAAGAAACUCCCCACCAGCGAUACAUCUGCAUCCUCCCGUUUGCUGACGCGACAACGAGCUGUAGACAAAAACGAGUCGCCAUCGUCGAAAUUCGGUAGCGAAUCGCAACCGAGUAGUAGCGUCAGCAGCAGCAGUACUGACAGUAAAACGUCUCAAGAACGAGUAGUGGCGGAACGCCCUGUAACUCGCCGAUCAAAAGGGCCUCUCUCAUCCUCGACUUCAGAAGUACCAUCAACAGUGUCUUCUCAAUCUUCCCUUAGCAGUGUUGAUUCCACUCCUAAUACACCGGUGCGGUCCAAAAGGGUUGCAGUUACGCCGUUGAGUGCGAGAUAUGCAACACGGGCCACUUCGACUCCCACCAGACCGAUACGGAAGUUGGCAAAGAAGUGAAGCACUUGCAGCAGAGGUAUUGUGUCAAUUAUGACGUGAACAAUUAAAGAAGAAAGAAUAAUCUUAUUUCUAUGAUACGCUUCUUAAGUAUAUUGAGAAUGUUCCAUUUGUUUUAUAUGAAACUUUUAAAAUGUUGAACCCGAGUGGGGAUAAUAAACCAUAUCAAUAAUG